ACAAACUAAGUAGAAAAUCGCGAAGGCAAGCAGGAUAAGCGAAGACACCUGCAGCAGUGCUCAUAGGUUGUCUUUAAAUAGCCGCCUGGCUUCCUCUCCAAGCUGACGAUAGUCCAGAAAAUGCUGAUGCUGUUACAGGAGCUGACUACUUUUCUUCUUCUAGGCCUCAGACUAAUGGAACGGGGAAAAACUGGAAGUUUUUUUUACAGAAAUUAGGGCUACCAUCGGACCCCAAAAGACGAAGGGGCUGGCCUCCUGUUGCACUUUUAAGUGGAGUUGGAACUUUAUAAAUUGGCAGGUGGAGAUUUUUCGUGGCCAAGGCGAGCGUUGUCCACCGCUAAAGGCAGAAGAUAGUCAGCCUUCUUUGGCGCUUUAUGAUGUAAAUAGCCAUGCUUUGCUUUUCCCAGGGAGAACCAUUGGAGCACCUGGAUAAAUCCAAGAGAGAAAGAAAAGCCAAAACUCACGACGAGGAAAGAGAGGAACUGCUGAAGCAGAUGGAAGUGGAAGAGCAGCAGGUGAUCUGGGAGUGGAAAGAGCUGAAGGGGUUCUUGGAGGAGUGGGAGAGGCAUUGGCUGAACCAUUUGGAAGAGCUGAAGAGAGACAUUUUCCGGGGGAGCUACGGGCAAAGUGUCCCCAAAGCUGUCAACGAGGAUUCCCUGCGACACAACCUGCUCCAGGAGCCAGGAAGAGAGCAGCUGCCGAACCGAUCCUCGCAGGAUGUUGAAAUCUCCAGGAAAAGCAUGGGAGAUGGAGUGUUGAAGAUAGACUUUACGAUAGCAGAACUUAAGCAGAGGCUUGCCAGCUUCUCCUGGAAACGGGCCGUCCUGCAGGAGGCACUGCUGCAUCUCAAGGAGGAGCUUCAGCUGGAAAUGAAUGGCAACGCAGGCUAUAGUAUAACAUCCCCAUUUCAGUCUACACUGAGCCAUCUUUCCCAGGAAGACAGAAAGGAAAUGUCAGCUGAGAUGCUUCAGGAACUGACUCCACUCAAAAGAAACUCUGGGCUUUUAGAGGAGGAGUCUCUGACCACUCCUACUGCUGUCCCCAGGAAGAUCAAGGAGGAGGAAAGUGGCGUCUCCGCAGAGCACAUUAGAGUGCUGAAUGAAAUUAAAAAAGAGGAUCCUGAACAGACUGGUCCUGAGCCAAUGGAACUCCCUGCAACAAGACUCCCAAGGUCAGAAGGCAACACAUCCCAGAGUUAUCUGCAAAUAGCAGUAGAAGGGCAAGAGGGAAAUGCUCUGGCAAAGAACAAGGGGCCCAGGAGAAGUUAUGGGGAAGCUGCUGUCCGAAAGCGAAAAGAGAAGUGUUACCCGUGUCCUGAUUGUGGCAAGAUCUUCCGGCAGUUUGGGGUCUUGAUCACACACCACCGGCUCCACACGGGCGAGAAGCCCUAUAGCUGUGCGUACUGUGCUAAAGGCUUCAGUGAUUAUUCCAACCUGAUCGCACACCAGAGAACCCACACUGGGGAGAAACCCUACCGGUGUGCCGACUGUGGGAAAAGCUUCACCCGUAGCACGACCCUCACCAUUCACCGGAGAGGCCACACACGGGAGAAACCCUUCCUCUGCCCCCAGUGUGGGAAACGUUUCAGCCGGGCCUCGAACCUCACCAUCCACCAGAGAACUCACGCAGGAGAGAGAAAUCAACACAUUGUCAUUCUGAAUAAGUGAAGGAGAAUUUGAAUUUCAGUUCAAAUCUUAUGGAAUGCCCCAGGAAAUACAUUGGCUGAUGGCUGAAGGCCAGCCUCCAUUUGGGUGGCUCCCGAGCUCUUAUCAAAUUAAUGUUGUUUGGGGAAAAGCCUUCCCGCAAGGAGGCCUUCAUCAGAUGCAGAAUGUAGGAUACAAUCACAGAACACCGGCUUUGGGAAGGCACAGCGGGUAAUGCGGUGUCUUGCUGGUUCUACCAUAUGACGUAGGCAUCUGCCUAAAGGGGAGAAGCAUCAGAAAUGUGGAUUUAUUGCAGAAGAAGAGGAAUUUCUUAGAUUGAAAAGGCGACCAAAAAAAA